AUGCCGUCUGGUACUGAUUUUCAACAACAACAACAACAACAACAAACAUCAUCAAAUAACCAUGGAAAAUCUACACCACCACCGCCACCACCAACACAACAAACAACAUCAAUGGAUCCAAAUAGUAAUGAUCCAAUAAUACAAGCUAUUCUCGUUUUAGAAAAAAAACAGCGAAAUUUAGGAAAACGAAAGGAGAAAUUAGAAAUUUAUGAAAAAGAAGCAAAAGAUGGUAAAGAAUUAAAUAAAGAUCAGAAAGAAGCAUUAGCUAAAUAUCCUGAAGUUCUUGGUCAAAUCGAAUGUGUUAAAGAACUCAGUGAACAAUUUAAAAAAAUUCAAACAGAGUCAGUCAAAAAUCAGAAACGUCUUUCAAAACAAGCAACUGAAGAAAAGCGCUUAUUAAUCUCGGAACGUUUACGUGAAUAUGCACAAAUUCGAUAUUUAUUUGAUCAUCGACCAACAUCAUUAAAACCUGAAGAAUCAGCAUUGUUAGAUGCGUUAUCUGCUAUAAUAAUCCCAUCAGAUAACUCAUUAAAUUCAAUAUCUCGUUCAGUCGAUACGGUUUUAUCAAUUUAUCAAGGUGGUCCAUCAUCGAUAAUAAAAGCGGUUACAGGAAAAACACCACAAGAACUACGGGAAAUAUUCGAACAAUUCAUAAAAGAUAUUGAUCUUCAAACAACUUCUACUUCGUCUUCUGUACCUCCUCCACAAGAAGAACAAAGAAAAGAAACAAAAGAAACAAAUGAUAUUCAAUCAGCUAAUAGAAAUAUAAAUGAAUAUCCAUCACAAUUUGAUACAAGAAAUGAAAAUAUUCCACUUGAACAAAUUAUACAAAAUAGUCCUUUCUUUUCUAUUGACAUGAAUAAUCAACAAACUCAAGACAAUAAUCGCGAUCAAUCACCUGAUCCAAAUCAAUAUUUACAAACAUUUACUGUAGUCAAUUCAAACAUUAAUGAUCAAACGUCAUCAUCGAUGCAAAAUCAACAACAAGAAGAAUCAGCUAAGGUUGUUUCUACAAAUGAUGAUCAACACCAUUUAGAUGAACAAUGGCAACAUCAAGGCGGUAAUGGAGCUACUCAAAGAACAGUACAAUAUCAUAAUGGAAGUGGAAACAAGCAUUAUAAUCGUGGUGGACCAAAUUCUUAUCAUCAGCAACAAUGGAGAGGAUCACGUGGUAGUCGAUAUGAUAACUCUUACGGUAAUGGCCAACGACAAUUCAAUGAUAGCAACCGAGCAAGAAAUGGAUCUAGUUCGAACUAUCGUGGUAAUCGUGGAGGAAAUCCUCGUGGUGGUAAUCGUGGCUAUUAUAAUAAUUCGAACGAAUAUCAAAAACCUGCUCCAUAUCAACAAAAUAAUGAACAACGUCAACAAAUUCGAUCAGCUCCUCCAUCGGAACAACAAUGA